AUGGAUGCCACGAGGGAAGAACUGUCGGACACCAUGGCUGUCUUUCGAUUAUCUGGGAUGGAGAUCAGAGACUUGAUAAUGGAGCUCAGUGACAAUGGUUCCGCAAAGAAGAAUUUCAUUUCUCAAAUAGAUAAUGAGAUUCAAAGAAGACCAGAUUUCAACUGGAGAAAAAUUGAUUUGGUCUUCUUCCCAGUUUGUGCAAAUUUCCAUUACUAUCUUGUAGUAUAUUGGAUGAAGAAAAACACCAUUGAGAUAAUAGAUAACCACAAGCCACAUAAAAAUAUGGAUCCGUUCGAGAAGUAUGACAUUGAUAUUGCUACAACUGUGACCUCUAUAAUGAGCCCUUUUGUCGAGCUAGUAAAGUCUUGGAGCCUCCCCGAUUGGCUCGUGCAUUGGGGCCAUCCUGGAAACAUGGCUGUUCUGCUGUUUACUAUGGGUGGCUAUGGAAUCUACUUGGGCUUCCGUAUUCGUUUCUCAGAUGAUAUUGAGGAAAAGGCCAAGGCCAAGGAUUUGUACCCUAAGCUUCUUGGUGGAAUGUUCUUAUUUUAUGCUCUUGGUGCUACUGGUGGCAUCACAUCUCUUCUCACUUCCGAUAGGCCCAUCUUCGAGAGUCCUCAUGCUGUAACGGGCUUCAUCGGUCUUGCUCUUUUGACCUUUCAAACGCUGCUGCCAACGCUGUUUGAGGGGAAUCCCGGGUUGCGAAACAUUCAUGGAAUCUUGGGCAGCGGGAUUAUGACAUUGUUCGUGGUUCAUGCAGCCCUGGGGCUUCAACUAGGAUUGAGUUACUAA